CGCUCGCGCCGGUACCGCGACCAGAACCGGAGCGCCAAGCACGACCCCGAGAACCAUGCGUGGACGCGAGCGUUCCUUGCUGCCGUCGGUCACGCGCUUGCUGCUGGUGUGCGGCCUGGCCCUUUCCUCUCUGGCUGACAGAGUGCAGGACCCGGACCGGGACGGGGAGAUGGAGCUUGAGCUGCCGCAACGACUGGCUCACGGAGAACGUGACCUGUUGCAGGACUGGACCGAGCGAGCGGCGGAGGAUCUCCUGGCGAGGUUGUCGGCGCCCGAGGCCGAAAUCCGACGGGCGUCGGCCAGGGUGGACUCGGCGCGCUCGGUGGACCCCCCCGACAACGGCCCCCCCCGCGAGCGCAAGGCCGGAUGCAAGAACUUCUACUGGAAAGGCUUCACUUCCUGUUAGGAGGCGUCCGCCCGUCGGCCUCAUGGCCUCUUCCCCUCUCGUUAAUUCUUGUCCAGUAAUUUAUUUGUGCCCGUGUGGCAUUAAAGAGAGAAUUUUGUCCGUCAAACAACA